AUGACCUCUACAACGGAUAACGAAAAGUCGGAUUCCGACAAAGGGAAACCAAAAAAUGCAAAGGACUCCGAAGAGAAAAUUGCCGUAAACUCGUCGGCAGACUCGAUAGCAACGGCCAAAGAAGAGGCCCCCGAAAAAGCAGCUGCGGAAAAGCCGAAACAUGUUGGGAAAGACGAUGUUGAGAAGUCGACAUCAGCUUCUCUAGCCGUUGACGACGAGCGCAAAAUCCAGAAGGGGGAACCGGGGCAGUCAAAGGAACCGACGGCCAAGAAACCGUCUACGGCGUCUUCCACUGCUGAGGAGAAACCCGACAGCCGCAAAGGGACACCAGAAGGCAACGAAGAUGCGGCGUCACGGCCGACCACCCCUGAAAACCAGCCCUCAAGUGCUCCGCAGAGUGGGAGCUCCAGCUCCGAAACAGAAGUCAGGGAUGCAUUCACCAAUUUCUUUGAGGCUAUAGUCUCAUGGGCUGACGACGUUACUCACGAUCCCAAGUUUGAUCACAAGCGUUUCAGACAACGGUAUUCCCGGCUUAUACGUACGAAUGAUGGGAAGGAUGCUGCUGCACUCCUGGGGUUAAGCAGCCGGUGUCAGAGGCACGACUGGCUUAGUAGGCUGAGCAAGCACGACUACCUUGCCAUCUCCUUCGUCGUCGCGAGAUUUACCCAGAAUAUCGAGGUGGAGAGGGGAGACCAUAACCGCCGUAAUGGCGACUGA